AUUUACCCUGAAUUAAUCAGUCAGUGGAUAUAAUUUGCUUCAUAUCUUGGACGGGUGACUAAAAGGGACUAGCUGCAGAUUUCUGGAUGCUUGUGAACAGCAGACUAAACAUGGCCGACAAGCGGCUGCAGAAGCACUGCUCAGUAUGGACUCGCCCAGUAACAACUCGGAGAGUAAAACCUUUCUACAGGGAAUUCUACAGCAAAAUCCAAAUACAGCACUCCCACCGAGUCCCGCAGACACGGACAGUGGUACCGAUAGUGGGAUCUCCGAACCUGAGAGUAGCAACCUUGAGGACAAGGCCAGAAUACUGGGUCUGACAGAUGCAUAUACGUCAGCCUUUUUAGGGAACAUUCCCAGGUCUUCUCCGGGACCGUUUGUCCCUCCUUAUUGUCAACAGGGGCCAGCAGCUCAGUCCAUCCAGCCCCCACCAGCUCACCAACCCCUCCCAGCACACUUCAACACCGCCACACAUGUGGCCAUGAGACCAGAUCAUGUGUACCCAUCCAGUCCAUUGUUAUCCUCCCCCAUCAGUCUACACCCCUCCCUCGAUUCUGGCAGUCUGUCGCCUACAACCCCACCAUCAUCGCCUAUCCGACACAAGAGUAAAAAAGGUCGCAAACCAAAAAAUCCCCUGGAAUGUCCUAUAAACCAGCCUAAACGAAAAAGAGAAAGUAGUACAACAUACCUGUGGGAGUUCCUACUACAACUGCUACAGAACAGAGAGACAUGCCCUAGAUAUAUCAAAUGGGCCAACAGGGAAAGGGGAAUCUUCAAGCUGGUCGACUCCAAAGCAGUGUCGAAACUCUGGGGACUACACAAAAACAAGCCCGAUAUGAAUUACGAGACAAUGGGAAGAGCUUUGAGGUACUACUAUGCGAGGGGAAUACUAAAUAAGGUCGAUGGACAGCGCCUUGUGUACCAAUUUGCUGAAGUGCCUAAGUCCAUCAUAGAAAUUGACUGUGGUAACGCCUGAAGGUCCAGACAAUACGAAUGGAUCUACUCACAAAUAAGAUAGGGCUGUGGGGCCAAACGCUGGUCCCAAAUCUCUGCCCCUCUCUGCAAUCACUUCGUGCCAUAGCUCUGCUAUAGACUGCCGACUCAAAGGAGUCGCGAAAUACACGUUAGGAUUCCAUGUUGUUUGGUCCUGACUUUGAAAAAGAUUGAGAACCCUAGUUUAUUAUGAAACUGAAAAUGACAAGGAAAUUCAUCUUGGACAGUUUGAUAAUUGCAGUUGUGUUUUCUUGGACCAUUGUGUACAAUUCAGAUUCAACGUGAUUGCUUGAUCGAUGAGCUUAUUGAUCAGCAGUGAACUGUGUAUUGGUGAUACGGAGUAGUAAGGGAGACUAAGAGAAAUGGAACAAGACUGGAAAGGAAUUCCAUAUUCAUCAGUCAGUGGACUUCAAAAAGAUUCAGGGAUGUUUGAAUAUUAUGAAUGUGCUACAUUGGGAGGGGCGUGCAAGAAGAUUGUUUUUGAUGAAUGAAUGUAUUGUUAUGACUGAUUGUUGUUGAUGAAUGUUACAAAUUUUUAAAACAGAAGUGUAUUGAUUCAAUAAUAUAAUUAUAUUAUUUGAGUGGAAGUUUGUUUGUUUGUUUAUUUUUUUUUUUUAGAUGAUAUCAUUAUUAGAAAAAGUUUUUUAAAUUGCAUUGUGCUGGUGUGAUAAAUUCCUUAUAGGACCACUCCAUACAUUUUGUCAAAACUACAAUCAUUCAACCCAGCGACCAGAAGUCCUACAGACACAUGCGAGCGUUGACAGAUAUCAACAUGAUCUAGAGGACAAGAAAAAUUGCCUCAUUUCAUGAAUGGUAUGUUUUAGUGCUGUAUUUAGGAAACAUUCCUAUAGCACUUAAAGUGCUGCUAAGUUAAACCCAGGCCUAAAUUGUCAUGACUAUGUUGAUUCUAUAUACCAACAUAAACAGCUUCCACUACUACCCAUACAGGUCAACAUGCAUAGGUGUGGAAUCAAUUUGAAGAAAUUCAGUACUUAAAAGUAUUCAGAUGAUAAAAGAUGAGUGUUAAAACUCUGUUGAAAGUCAGUUAAGGUUAUGAGCAGAUUUCCAACCUGCUUAAGUGUUUCGUCCUUGGCGAAUUUCCUGAUUCCAUGAUAGAAUCAUGUUGUCACAACGAAGGGUUAGUCUUUAAAAAGUGGGCCUAACUUAGGGAAGUUUACAUAUGUCUAAUGCUGGGAGAAUGUGCUUGAAGCCAAAUUUGUUCCAUUAUAAUGUUUUUUACCCAAGUUAAACAUUCCUGUUUCAUACAUGACUUACCUGACUUUGACCCACUUAAAGUGUUCAAAUAGCUAGCCUACCUGUUUUCACCUGUAGUCACGUGUUUACGACAGGUGGUGAGGAUCUUGUGCGUUUUGGGCGUGUCUCUGCAAACCUGACUCAUCUUACCUGGCUGUAUUUUACCUGUAUCCAGGUGUAAUAUAUAGGUUUUUUUUUGGUUCUUUUAGAUUCAGUUUGUAAGUUUUCUUAUCAUAAAAAAUUAAUCUGAGUAUUAAAUCAAAGUUUUAAAAAGUUGGUAAUAUAAAGAUAGAUUAACUCUAAUCAAUGGAAUUGAGUCUAAAUACAAUAUUGAUAAAAUAAAUAGAUGGUGAUGAAGCAGUGGUUUUAAUGAACUUUUUUUAUUAAGCUGACAUGUUGCUGGGUAUUUAGCCCCUAGAAGUUACCAGUGCAUGAAAUAAAGUAUUAUUUAUCAUGGUAUCAGGCGUACAUAUAAAAGGCAUGAUGACAAUGUCAUAUUUAUACAAAUUUUAAUCCAACUGGUGCUUUACCCGGGUGAACUGGUGAAUUUAAAAUGAUUUUAUCUUAAUUGUAGCUGAGCUAGAUGAUUUCAAACAGACUUUGUAUUCAGAAAACAUAGAUAAUGUUAAAAACUUUUUGGAAUAUCACUGAUUAUUAUUAUUUUAUUUUGAUGAAUAACUUUGGGUUCAUAAUUUCAAACGAAUAAAUAAGUUUGUUGAUAAAUUUCUCUAGAAAAAUGCUAUUUUUACAGAUAGAUCUGAUUAGGAGCAGCUAUAUACUCUAUAGCCCUCCUUUCUCAUUUAAUCAUUUAUCAUCUCACUUUUGUGCAAUUUUCCACAAUUUAAGGGUCCAAUAUAUGUUUUUCCUAUAAUCUGCAGCAUCAAACUACACUGGAGGUCAGUACUUAGGCUCAUAUUCAUCUAGUUAUGGCAAAACAGUUGACAUUCAUUGGUUAAGAAGUACAAAAGAGUUUUGUUUUUAUGUAGAACUGCCAUUUUCUGGUUUAGACUGAUCAUCACACCAAGAGACGAGGGGAAUCAAGGGGCUAAGUAGGGCUUGAGAAUCACUUGAUUUUGAUGUAGUUUAGGAUACAUUUUUUGGCAAAAGGUCACAUUCUGUGGCAGGGGGGAGUUAUAGGCAUCAUUUAACACGGUACUCUACAAAGUGCAGUGGAGAAGCUCCCUCGUGCAGAUCAGUUCUUGAUUAAGUCGUCAUUAAAAUUCCUUCUCAACAUCUCUGUUUUAUAUCUUGCCUGCAUCAAGUCUGUUAACUGUUCCCUAGGUCAGUAAGGACAUUAAAUAACCUUGACCUCAUUUUGACCUUAAUAAGGUAGUCUAUAGUAGGCUGUUAAGAUAGAAGUAAUAUUAUAAUGAUCCUUGUCCCUGUAGUUAGGUGACUUAUGACCUUCUCCCUUCCUCCAGUAUGUAUAUAAGUAUUGAAUCUUCCAAUAGUACUACCGAGUGUUUUCCUUAACUAUUAACCAAAGUUAUUAUGACAGGUGAAACUUGGAUUGAGAAAGGGUGAUGUCAUGAAUAUUUAUGAGGUGUUAAAAUAUGUCUUGCUGUACCUGUAGUAUAGGUGGUCAUCAUAGGGUGAGAUGCGCACAUGUGUAACACAUACCUGUGUACCUGAGACGUGAGCCCCUGAUGACACAGAAAAACAUUAUCCUCCCUAUGGGCAUUAGAUCUUCAUCCCUUUGUUUAUUGUUAGUCAUGUAUUGUUGGUCCUGUAUAAUAACCCAUUGAAUGAGUGCCUAAGGUCAAAGAUCACUUUGUUAUUUAUAAAACACAUUGCUAUAUCAUUAUAAUAUGAAACAUUUGGUGAUUUAUUGUUUUGUGUUUUGGCUCCUCUGAAUUUUUACAGUGUUGUUGUAAUCUGAAUAUUAAUUAUGUUUUUUGUUUUUUUUUUUGAUAAAUAGAUCACUUUGUUUACAGUGUAUAUUGCUUGAUUUGACCAAAAAACAACAUGUAAUGGCCAAAGAGAUUUAUUGCAUUCAGAAAAUGUCAGUAAAAAUCCCUCAAAAAUUCAGAUUUUUUAAAACAAAUUGUACUUAAUGAGCUAGCUUUAACCUCUAAAUAGUAAUUGUGAAUUGACACCUGUUUUUUGGUGCAGUUUUUAAUAUUAGGUUGUCACUGUUGGAAACCUCUGAUGUGCAUUAAUCAAGUCUAGAAUAAGACAGGUAUAGUGUGUAUUUAGGAGGGAUGAGGUGGUCACUUAAACUUCCAACAUCAAGAAUUAUUUUGGCUUGGAAGAAUGACAUACAAAGACUAGGUCUGUACUGCAUAACAUGGGUGAAGUUUUACCAUAUAAUUAUAUACUUCUUUUCCAGUUUGUGUUAAUCAUUUGUAGAGAUCUGUGUCAUGAACAGGUAAAUAGUGCACAUGAAAUCCUAUGAAAUCCAUUCAUGUUUGUCGAUUUGAGUAAUUACAUAUCAGGUGUAUGUGUAAGGAGACCUUGAUAAUCAAGUAACUGAGUUUUUGUUAAUCCAAUUAUCUGCUUAAAGCAGAGUCUGACAUAUUGUAUAAUACUUUUGAAGGUAGAACAUUGAUACAGAGACAGCUAUAUGUCCACAUUCAGAUUGAGUGCCUUAUAUGUGAAUCCUCCACGAUAUGUACCCCAAAUCAAGGAGCACAGACUAGCAGGAGUUGUACACCUAGCAGUUUCAUAUAUCCAGGUGCCAUUAUUGAAAUCUCAGACUUUCUGAUAGAACAUCAAAAUUUAUUUCAAAAAGUUAUUUUUAUAAAGGGAGACAGGAAUUUGAUGGAACGCAUGUAUGGAAUUUUAUCUUUAUGAGUUCUAGAGGAAUUGGGACAGGAAAUCUGUAGAUUAUCAUGUGAGGACAUUUUUAAUUUCAGAGUUUGUGUGAUAAAUUCCUCAUGAUUCAACAAGUUCAGGGACAUUUUUGUGCUCAAACUGAAACUGCCUUAAUCCAUCAUGCAUUUAGCAUCAAAUGGUGAUUUAGCGUAGUAAGUCUAACCAGAUGACGGGUAAAGUUUAUAUUGUAGUUGGAAGUAGCAUUGAUUUGUUUUUAGUUGUUACCAACUAUAUAUACAGAAAUCACAAAACUUUCAGUCGAUAGGUUUAAACAAGAUACAAGAUGGAUUAUAAAAUUACCUGGUAGUUCUGUUGGUCAGUCAUGAACAUGACCUAGAUGGUGAGUUUUGAUUGGAUAAAGCUCGACCAAAGAGAAGGCUGUGAUGUGUAACUUGUGUAUAUUCUGUAGAUAAUUUACCUAUCUUAACAAUGUUUUAAUCAUACAUUAAGGAUGUAUGGUUUCAUUGGUAUACAACGAGUAACAUGAAGAAAUAGAAACAAAUCAACCUGAUGUGUCAUUUGAAUGACUAGAAAUUAAUGAUGAUUUCUUGAUUCAUAGUGGAAAUACAGAGGCGGUACAUUUUAUUUAUUGAUCAUAUUGAUAUAACUGACAGUUCAAUCACGUUUUAUUUUCACAUGGCUAUAUAUAUAUAUAUAUAAAUAUAUGGAUGUGUGUGUAUAUAUAUAUAUAUGUAUAGUUUUUAGAUAUAAAUUUGUUUUAUUGUAAAUUAUUUUUUUUAAACUGAUGAACUUUGAAAUCAUCAUUUUUUCUAUGUAUGACCUGAUAAAAUGACCUUUAAGUAUAAACUGGUGAUUGGAGAGCACACCUUCAUGUAUGAAGCGUGAUGUUCUCCAUUUUGUUUCAGUAUCCUAUGGUUACAGUGUAUUGUUGCCAUGGUUAUAGUUUCCUUGGAGACUGCAGGGUUUCCAAGACAACGAUGUCCACGUUACUUGUCAAUACUCUUAUUAACUCACUGGACUGUACAGUGUAUACAUAUAGUACAAACAACCGAUCUCUCAGUGUAUUUAUUAUUGCGGUGUACAUAUGCAAUGCGGUUAGAAAAAAAUGAGUGCCGGUUUUAAUCGCAACCUUCAAAUGUGGACUAUAAAUAAAAUUAGUUGCUGUUUUUACCUCAA